GUUUCCAUCAACCAAAUUGUCUUGAAAGGCUGCGAAUUCAGCGAAAAUGGCCACAGUCACGGAAGAAAUUCAAAUCGGCGCGCUCUCACUCGACGGGCAACCGCCACGAGAUUUACUCAGUUUCGAGUCUUUCGAGCUCUCUGCAUCUAAUCAGCGUUCACUUGGGCCUCCCCACCCAAAAGGAACCGUGAUUCCGCUUGCCCUGCGUCCUACCCUGCACAGCACUUCUGAGAUUACCCUUGACAGUAUUAUCGCCACCAUCGAAUCUCUUCAGAGACAAGAGAACAGUCUUACGACGCAACUCGCACGCCACGGAACCAUCCUCUUCCGUGACUUGCCUAUCCGCAAUGCAGAGGACUUCAGUAGAUUUGCCCACGCUUUCGGCUAUAAACCACAUGAAAUUAUCGGGAUUGUGGUUGAUAGACCCCUUCUUGCGCCUAACGUGGCACCGGCCAAUGAGGCACCCAAGGAAGUUCUCAUCUACAACCACAACGAGUCUCCACAAGUCCCUCACGCACCCGAAUACGUCUUCUUCUAUGGCCACCGUGCACCAACGCAGGGCGGUGAAUCGCCAAUCUCCUCCUCCCUCGAGCUCUUCAACCGCGCUCAACGUGAGAUCCCGGAGUUCAUCGACGAAUUGGCUGAGAAAGGCAUCCUCAGUCGCGUGACGUAUAAAGUCGAACAGCAGUUCGCAGGCGGCUCGACACUGCGUCAGGCAUUCGGAAAGGAGUUUCAGCCAGGUGAUGACGAGGAAACCAAGCGUCGCAAGGUAGAGGCGCAGAUUGCGCGCUACGGACGAGGAGAAUACACCACCUGGGAAUGGUCAAAAGACGACGACGGCCAGACGCAGCUGGUUCUCACGCACCGCCUCCCUGCCAUUCGAACACAGCCGGGGACUAACCUUCCCACGCUCUUCACGGGUCUGGCGGCAUAUUGGAAGAGAUGGCAGGUCAACUCGGCUGCACGGAGAAAUGACACGCAGCAGCUCUUCGGGGACGGCAUGCCAAUUCCAGACAAGUAUCUGGCGCACUUGGCGAAGAUCACGGACGAGAUCCGGGUACUGCAUCGUUGGGAGAAGGGCGAUGUGCUGGUGUUUGAUAAUAUUGUGGCGCAGCACGGUCGGGAGCCGUGGCAGGGGGAGCAGUCGGAUCGCGUGGUCAUGGCGAGCUUGUUUGAUGGGGCAGCUGUUCCGGGGGCGUAUGGGUUUGGGGAAUGGGCCCAGGUGGUGCAGGCUGCGGAGUAGUUCUAGGUUUGAGGGAGUGAGUGGGGAUGCGACAUGCAUGCCAUAAGUCUGAGUCCAUUGUACUACAAUUCUGUGGUAACUCCAAUACCGAGCUUCUGGUGGAACAUGAAUUACCGGAUUUGGCAAUCCUGC